UUCGGUGUAUUCCUGCGCUAAAUAGUCCUUUGUUUACACGCAGUCCCCCGUCUCUGCGGAAGGAGGCUUUUGGUAGUGCAGUGUGUGACUCCUACCAGCUGUUUCCCGCCUUGAAAGCCAUCCGAUCAGCUGCACGCACACACAUACACACACGGUCAUGCAGAGGGAGAAAGCAAGGGGGAGGGAGAAAGAGAGAGGCAGAGCGCCACACACAACGAGGGAACCCCAUCAGCUGGAAGUCGAGUAACAUUACAACUCUCAGCAGCCUCAAAGAACUACAUUACACGAUCGAGGAGUUCACAUAAUCUUUAAGGAUUUAACACCCGUCGGAUCACGGGAUUUUUGCUCCCUAACGUCAUCGUUUUUCUUUGAUCCUGUGGAGACUGAUUGGUGUUUUUUCUUCUUCUUUUUUUUCCGGGGGGACCAAACUGGCGAGAGGCGAGCAUGGAGUAUUUCAUGGUACCAACUCAGAAGGUGCCCUCAUUGCAACAUUUUAGGAAAACGGAGAAAGAAGUGAUUGGUGGUCUUUGUAGUCUGGCCAACAUUCCUUUGACCCCUGAAACAGCCCGAGACCAAGAGAGGCGAAUUCGCAGAGAGAUUGCCAACAGCAAUGAGCGUCGGCGUAUGCAGAGCAUCAAUGCUGGAUUUCAGUCACUUAAAACACUCAUCCCACACAGCGAUGGAGAAAAGCUCAGCAAGGCUGCCAUCCUGCAACAGACAGCAGAGUACAUUUUUACUUUGGAGCAGGAGAAGACGCGGCUAUUGCAGCAGAACAGUCAGCUUAAACGAAUUAUACAGGAAUUAAGUGGUUCCUCACCCAAAAGGAGACGUGCAGAGGAGAAAGAUGAAGGGAUUGGCUCACCAGACAUUCUGGAGGAGGAAAAGACUGAGGACCUGAGGAGGGAGAUGAUCGAGCUGAGGCAGCAGCUGGAGAAGGAGCGCUCAGUCAGAAUGAUGCUGGAAGAUCAGAUGCGUUCCCUGGAUGCUCAGCUCUACCCAGAGAAACUGAAGGCGAUCGCCCAGCAGUUCCAGGAGCAGCAGGCCCAAACACAGAGCCUUGUCCAUCUGCAGCAGCCUAAGCAGCUGGAGAGGGACCUUACUCCAGCACACAGCCCUCAGGUGUUGGCCCCAGCAACCCCACCUGCACCUACACACCAUGCCACAGUCAUUGUCCCGGCACCUGGUCAGACUGCUCAACCCCAUCAUGUUACUGUUGUAGCCAUGGGCCCAACAUCAGUUAUCAAUUCAGUAUCCACGUCUCGACAGAACCUGGACACCAUUGUUCAAGCAAUCCAGCACAUUGAGGGCACCCAAGGAAAGGGUUGCGACGAAGAGCAGCGGAGGGCAGUCAUCGUCACCUCGGGACGUGUCCUCUCUGAUGCAGCUGGCUCAGACACAGCCUCAAACAGCGACGGGCCUGAUGACUGUUCACUGCCUUGAUUCUUCUCUGAAUUCUUGCUUACCACACACUUACACACACACACUUCCACACAAAAGGCCCUAGCAGACGAGGGCUACAGGAAGAUACAAACUCACAGCACACUCGUUCAGCGGACAUUAACAGGGCUGUUAGUCAGAUGGAAGCACUCUUCGUUCUUUUUAUUUUAUUUUAUUUUAAUUUGUUUGUUGUUUUGUCCUUCUUUUCUGUACACACCAGGAUAUUUACUCUUAUAGACAGCCCAGUUACAUUUACACACUCACACAUGAAGUCUCUUCAGCAUCUAUUUCUACUUAUCUCUAGCCCUUGCUCUCUCAUUCACCUGCACAAACUCAUGUCUCUUCGUCGAGCUGUAGAUUAUUAGAACUACUACCUUGCUGACUGAUUUAUAAAUGCUCAGUCAAACUGGAUACUAGAAUUUUGAAUAUCUGCUAAACAUCUCCAUUAACUACUAGGACUAUUCUUUUGACACAGCCCUGAAGCCAUGUGACUGAUCAAUGAAAGGGGAAUCAAGUCAACGAAGAACCCAGUGGUGUGGCGCCACCACUCAGCAUAUGAGCUUUUUCAUUAAGAUGGACAUCUUUUCAAACAUCUUUGCUUGAGACCCAUCUGAGCUGUUUGGAGAGACACUGUGAGCUGACAUGAGUGCCCGAAAGUUCCACCUUUUAGGCUUGGUGUUGAGAAAGAAAUGUAAUUUUUACUCCUGUUAUGUCUACUUUUGUGGGGUUUUUUUUUCCAAGGCUCAGCCAGACAGUUAAAAAAAAAACAAAAAAAAAAAAAACAUUGAGAAUUAUGGCUCACUGGUGCUCACGGGAUAAGAUGAGAGUGCACUUACUUGUUCACAACUCUAUUUUUUUUUUGUUGUUGUUGUUUUUGCUGGGCUGGGUUCCCAGUAAUCCCACAUAUGUCUUUGGCCUGUGUCCUCUUUAUCUUGUGUUCCCCUACCAAAACAACCCAAAAAACUAAACAAAAAUACAAAAAAAAACAAACAAAAAAAAGAAAUAAUUGCUUUGAUAUUUCUUAGCAUUCGCACUCCUGACUAUAGAAGCACCUAUCUUGUUAAAUAAGCUCAUCAGUGGGGCCGAUUGAGUAAUCCACAAGUGUGUUUGUCCCUUUUACUGUUUUGAAGCAGCAGGGCUCAGUGGUGCUCUGGACUCUGGAAGUCUGCAACACCACCACUUUUGCCUUUAUACAACUAUGACUGACAUACAAUCACUUUUGCUCAAUCUUAAGUUUUUUUUUUUAUUUUUAGCCCCUAUUUGUAUAUUGUUCUGUCCAAAUUGUGAAAACAUCAUAUCAAGCAGUUGGCUGAAAAUAUGAGGAAAAUGCCCAGAGUGCCAUGGAAGCGACUGGAUAGACUACAUAUGCUCUAUGCAUUUCCUUAUAUAGAUCUGUCCUUCUUUUUUUUUUUUUUUUUUUUUUUUGUAUAUUUACAUGAUUUUGCUCAAGUUUUUCUUCUUCUAUAUGCGCUCUUUAGCCUGGAAAUUGUAGUUGACAGACUGACUCUUAGAAGAGAGAGGCAGCAGUUUGCCUUAUUAAUAGCCCAUGGGUGCGAGGAGGCACUGUGAGGCCAGCCUUAACACAGCCAUGGGGUUUGAGGGAAAAACCUGGACACUUCACCCAGGCCAUUUGGUGGCUUCUUGAAUCCCGCUGGUUUUCACUUCAGUUUUACAAUCAGACUUGUAAACACCCAGGGUGUGGAAAAAUAUAUAUUCAACUAUUUUGUCUAAGUUUAUUAUGUUUGUUUGAAGUUGGCCUCAAAAAUUAUUGUGUUUCUAGUAUAUAAAUUGUAUUCACGUGAUCCUGUUAACUGCUUGUUCAAAGUAUUCAUACAGUAUCCGAAUACUAACUUCUGGUUAGAUUUGCGUGUAAAUUGGAUACCAUUUAGGCCCCUUAAUGUGAGCUGUAUGGUGGGGGGGGGGGGGAGAUUCCACAUUGAGAUGACAUUCCAUAAAACUGUAUCAAAGUUUUCCUGUUAUUUUCAACAGUUAAACCGAAUACAUACAUGGCACCAUUUAGGACUUUUGACACAUCACAGCAUUCAGACGCAAACUCGUCCCCCUCCAUAAAUGCAUAAGAGGAGCUUUGAAGUGCUGAACAGAUGAUGUGUUCAACUGAACACUCCGCAUAAUGAUUUAUCUUAUGGAAUUUCCCUUUAAAAAAUUUUUGAUGUCAGCUACACUGAAAUGAGUGAAACUGAAUCAUGGGACACUUAUCUUUAUAGGAAGUGGAUUCCUAGAUGUUGAAAACAUUUGCAUGCUCUGCUGUUUGUAGAGCCUCAACCAGUUCCGCUCGGUAUCUGCAUUGGAAAAUAUUCUGCUGAAUUGCAGAACUGGUUUAUUUCCAUCUGUCUUUUACACUCUGUAUUGUACGCUACAAAACUUGUGGACAUAUCAGAUUGUCAGAAAAGUGGGGAGGGCCUUGGGAUCACUAAAUGGGGUCAAGAUUACAAAGCACUUACUGUACUAUACUGGAGUUGGCCUCUUAAGUGUAAAGGGGCAUCUCCUCAGCUGAAGCUCUUGAGGUUAUGAGUAAAAUACCGCACAGCUGUGUAUCCCCCUUUCCCCCCAUGUCAGUCCUCAAUUUUGUCACGUUUACCUUUCCUUUUUUUUACUGCAUCAUUUAUCCUGUCUUUGUUAAUGUAUUGUUGGUAUCCCUAGUCUUGCAUUUUGCAGCUCAGUUUUCCCCCCUUGUUUCUUGUUCCCUGUAAUUAUUUUUUUAAUUUUUUAGACCUGUCAAUGCUAUAUGGUCAUCAGAAAGCUAUUUUUUUUUUUUUUUUUUUUUUUUUUUUUAAGAAAUGUGGGGAUAAAGAGGCUUGUGCCUUUGUAAAGACAGAAUAAUAAAGUUUGUACUUUGUUUUUUAA